AUGGUUGUAAAUGUACGAAAAAGGAAGUUCGUCCCGAGCAGCGAAUCGUCGGAGGAUUAUGAUUCGUUUACUGGUGCAUCUAGUAUUGAAUACUUCGUGGCUAGAAAGGACCCGUUUCGUCAAGCCCCUAGCAACGAGAUCCCGGUACCUUACCCAUUUGACAACCACCCAGCCUCCCAGGAGGUCCAUGAUAUUGUUAAGAGUAAACGACGCAGUUACGAGAAGGUGCUCGAGGAAUUCAGCAUUACAUUACGCCAAGUCAGUGUUCAAACUUUGAACCGUCGAGGCUUCCCUUCCAAAAAGAAGAAUAUGCUCAUCAUAUUGACGCGUGAUGAGAACACUGAGUGUUGGGAACAAGCAGCGACCGUGAUCCAAGGCGUGAUAGAGAACGCUGCAGGCCCUGCUGGUCUCAAGAUUGGGGUCGAGAUAAGAAACCAGGAGAAGAUGUACUUCGAUGCAUCAUCAAUCAUCCGACCCGACACGGACAUCCACAGAGCUCUUAUGCAAGUCCAACCAAUCGUCUCGGCACAAGUUGAAAAAAGCUGCCCAGGAUAUUGGAAGACAAUCGAAUAUCACAUGCGUGGACCAAGACUCCGGGCAUCUGAUCGAAAGCCGACGGUGAUAAUCACAGUUAAGCCAGGCACAAGGCAUCUUUGGCAAACGGUAGAAAGCCAGAUUGAGGAAGCUAUCAAAUCUGUGAAUUUAGAUCUUGAGAUCAACCUCGAAAUCAUGCCAGGCCUCUUCCGACCCUCGGCUGUUCUGUCGGAAGACGAAGGUCCAAUAGUCUACCGAGAUCUGCCAGAAACUGCCGUUAACGGCUCGUCGAUUGGGCCACGGGGUGAUGAACUCACUGCUGGAAGUCUCGGGGUUUGGUUGUAUUUCCAGCCAUUUGGUGAAACCGAGAAGAAGAAAUGUUUUUUAACAUGCCAUCAUCUUAUUACUUCUGGUGACCCCGCAAACAGGAGCAGUAACGAUGUUCACGGGAUUGGUCUUGACGGCAGGAAAGUUGAACAUCGUAUCAAGGUCGACUACCCCGCAGCGUAUGACACAGCCAAAACGAGAAGUAUAUUGUUGUCAGAGAUCGCGAACGGUGACGAAGAUAAUGGAGUGAGCAGGAAGACCAUCCAAACAAUUAAUCGAUAUGCGUCUGCUGGAGGCAUCGGCGGCGUCGAAUACUCAUCAGGCUUCCGGAAGAAUAACAAAGACACCCGCAUGGAUUGGGCUUUAGUCGUCCUUAAUUCGCCUGAUUCAUUCUCUCAGAACAAGCCUCCCGCAGCAACAUUUAGUCCUGCGGAGCUAUUUAAUGGAAGACUCCGGUAUAAAGUAGAGCCAGACGAAGUUGUCUCGAAAUAUGCUCCACUUGUUAAGGGAGCCUGGGUAGCCAAGACUGGUCGAACUACAACGAUUACAGCUGGCGAAGUGAGUUCUAUAAAGACCGAAGUGUGGUGGGAGAAUGGAAUGAAAUCUAUGGAGUCUGUGCUUUUAACGGCAAUUGGGGGUCACCAGUUUGCGAAGGGGGGAGACUCGGGUGCCAUGGUGAUUAAUCUAAAGAAAGAAUGGGUUGGCAUAGUCAUCGGCAGUGACGCGUACCUCGAGACCGGCUAUGUUACGCCAGUCCAAGACCUUAUGGAUGAUAUCAAAGAGAAGACAGGGGGUAUUAUUUCUCUAGCGUAG